GCACAUGAAUCACUUGAAAGCCAAGUCAAGUUGAAAAAUUGGAUCUCGGAGAGGCAGCGAUACGCAGGUUACGUGAAUGCAGCACAACAGGGACGUAAACUUCUGGUGUGACAGACGUUAGGAAGCAAGCGCGAGCGCCGGUGUAAAUACUGCUUUGUGAUGUCAACGUCGGCUUGUGUAGUCUAAAAGACGGGCGGUAGUCUGGAAGCUCUGGCUCUGCGUCCGCCAUGGGGACGCGGUGGUCUCGAAGCGGCAGCAGCCUGUCGCUUCUACCGGAGAGGCAGUGCUCUGGGAAACGGGGAGAGGACAAGGACUCCGAUAACGACUCUUUGGAUGGGCUCGGUAGACGGGAGGAUAUAGCCCAGUUCCCGUACGUGGAGUUCACCGGGAGGGACAGCAUAACGUGUCCGACAUGUCAAGGCACUGGGCGGAUACCUUCAGGUCAAGUGAAUGAACUGGUUGCAUUGAUCCCAUAUAGUGACCAAAGACUGCAGCCCCAAAGAACCAAGCUGUAUGUGGUCUUGUCAGUUGUGCUGUGCCUCCUGGCCUCUUUGCUCGCUGCCUUCUUCCUCUUCCCUCGCUCGGUGGUCGUGGUGGAUGAUGGGAUACGCACGGUGACUGUUCGCUUUGACCACUCCAAUAUGAAGGUCCUGAUGAACAUGACGAGCACACUGAACAUCAGCAACCCAAACUUUUUCUCCAUGAUGGUUGAGAGUGUGAACUGCCAGGUCCUUUACAUGAACACAGUCAUUGGAAAUCAGCAGCUGGACAACGCCACCACCAUCCUGCCUCUCAGUGAGCGUCAGGUGAACUACACUGUCAGUGUGGAGAUUGGAAGCAGUGCACCCUAUGUCUAUGCCUUCUGCACCAUGCCCAGCAUCAAGGUCCACAACAUUGUCAUAUUUGUGCAGACGUCAGUGAAAACCUCGUACAUGGUGCGAACAUCCCAGAACAGCCUCGAGGCCUAUCGCUACAUAGACUGCGGCUCCAACACCACAUACCACCAGACGGCCCAGCUUCUCAGGCACCUCUCCUCCACCCACUCACCAGCCACAUCGCUCAGCGCCCCUCUGCUGUGAGCGGAACAGUCCUGGACGACCUGGAUCAUUUCUCUGGAGGAGGUGGGAGAUGUUCGUGUAAACUGGAGAGUGGAUUUUGCUGGCAACAGAAAAGCCAAAUGGUGCUAUCUAUCUUCUAAGCACAAACAACAGGUACCAUUAUGUUGCUGUUAACUCGUGCCACUGAAUGAUGAAGCUGUUUCCUGGAAAACAUGGGCAUGCAGAGGCGAUGUUGUCAGAGAGUUAUUUCUGACUGCACAUUUGUUUUCAUGGGACAGCCCAGAGGCAGCAGAUGAGUGGCUUUGUUGCGGUGGUUGUUAGGCAUCACCAAGUGAAAACACAGCUCCAUGACCUUUUUACUGCAGGGUCAGAUUGCUUUAAUAUAUCUGUCUUUUUUGGGAUUGGAUAUUUCCUGCCUCAGCAGCCGCAUUUGAUUUAUAGUUGUCUCAUUGAGGCUUUUGAUAUCCUGAACGCAUCAUGUGUAAAAUACAAGUUUAAAAAGGCAGUUUUUGCUAUUUCAUCAUGCUGACAGAAUGAGUCACAUGUUCUCCUGACUCAUUGCCAAUGAGCACUCUGUAGCCCUGUUUUGGAAACAGGACAAAUGUCAGAGAAAGCUCUUUUCUAUAAAAGGAAGUGGUCAACAUUCCCAGCUGACAAAGAAGUGCCGGGGAGCGGCACUUCUGCCAAAGCUUUAAUUAACACUGCAGAGCUCUGCCUGUGUCUGCUGCUUCAUCAGGAGAGCCUCCUUCAGCGUAGCUUGAAUGACUUUUGGCACCGUAACACUGUGUUCACCGAGGGCUGCUGACUUUUCUUUAAAAAAAGAAGAUAAGGAGCUGGUCUGCUGUUUCUAGUGUAGCUCUAAUGCGAGGGAUCAUUUAAUGACUGUUAAACUGGGAUGUAUUGUUGUAACAUAUUGUUUUGCUGUGUUAUUUAACUGUUUCUUAAGUUUAAAAUGGAAUUUACACAUUUAAUAUAUCAUGUGUGUUUUUAAAUGAAAUGAUAAGUUAUUUCUAGGUAUCCAUCAUCCCAGCAAGUCUAAGCACACAGGUUUUAGAUUCAGGGUUUAGUGUCAUAGAGAGGAAACUGUUUUCAGCCUAGAUUUAAUUUAACACAUCAGUCAAGCUCAUGUGAUGAUGUGACAUAAUCUCUGAACCUGUAAUCACUCAUUAAUGUCUUAGUUAAAGUUCUUGAUCAUUUCCACUCCUGGUUCAGCUUCAGAAAGAGGAAUUUGGGCCUUAAAAUAAAACAUCCAGUAUGAGCUUUUGAACAUCUGUAUACAGUUUCCUCUCCAUCAUGGCAUUAACAAUGCUGGUGUGCAACAGUAAACAGCAUAUAAUCAUGGCUGAAAGCUCUAUUGUCACGUAUACUAACAGUGGGUCUGUCUGACUGAUGAUAACAGAUUUACACUGUUUACAUGUGUGUGUUUUGCUCAGCUCCUCUGCUGUUUAUCCAACUCCAAAUGUCUCUGCAGAGUAUUUCAGACCAAUAAGUCCAUUACCUGAGACCGACUUAAACUUUACAUGAUCACGUAUUCUCAGUAUCUGAAGGGAAGUUGAUGUUAACAGAAUGUGGAAACAGAAACAGAAUGACUAAAAGCAAUUUUGAUAUGACUGUUUUGUUUUUCUUUCUUUUUUUUUUAAAGGGACAGUUUUUUUUGUAAAUUUCUGAAUGAAAGAUUUUA